CAAUCAGUUCCUUUUCGGUACUUGAAGAGUUCGCACGAAACAUUAGCAAGGAAUUACGGUCCGUUUUUUUCUCAUUCAGAGUCGCGCCUUGCUUUCACAAAGACUAUAUAACUAAAAAUCUCUCUUUCAAAGGAUAUUUUAAUAAAACAAAUAAUAAAUUAAUAAUUUCCCUAAAAUACCAUCGUUUAUUAAGGACGACACAACACGUUUAGGAAAAACUCACCAUCACAUGUGAAAUUUUUUUCAGUAUUUUUAUUAUUUGCCUGCCCCAAUAAGGACUUUAAUAUUUUGCUGUAUUUUUCUCUCAAUUUGGUGUUCUUAAAUAUCCUUUUUCAUCCUGCCGCGGGCCCCCGAAUGAUAUUAUGAGUGUAGACAAAGGGAAAUUAUACAUUCUCUGGAAAUAAAAGAAAAUAAAGGAAAAUUAUUUUCCCUUUUUCCUUUUCGGAAAUAUAUAUGUAAUAUAUUAAUUCGUGUGUUGUACGGUUCGGUGUAUCAUUGUGUUUCUUGAUAAGCUUGAAAAUAAAAAGGAUACGUCGCGGUAAUUCAGUGCAUUUCAGUUGAGAGUAGGUCAAGAAGAAUAUUUGCUGUUGUAGCAAACGUACGUACAAUCGUAAAACGAGCGUUUGUGUGAGUGUGUUCGUUUUUUCCUUUUUUCGAGAAAAACCGGAAAAAAUUAUUUUCGUUGGUGUGUGUGUAUUUUGUUCCGAUGUGGGCUUUCGGAGAAAACGCUUGAGUGCGUUUAUUUUUUCCUCUUUCCUUUAAGUUUGUUUACUUAAAUAUAAAAAGUCCUUAAAUUAUAACCUACAUAUACAACAACAAAGAAGAAAAAAAAAAAUAAAAUUGAAAAAAAAAAAAACAAGAAAAACGAAAACGUUUUUCUCAAGAGAAUUGAGUGCAUUUGAUGCGUUUUUUUUUUUUAAUUUCAUUUUCCCAUCCACACAGAAUAUGUGUUAAGUGGUUUGAGAAUAUAAUAUAAUAAUAAAAAGAAGAAAAAAAAUAUUUUUUGUGUGCGCAGCAAUAGAUUUUCUCUUGGAUAACCGAGCAAAAAAAAAGGAUAUUUUUUUAAACGUGCAAGGAUAUUUAAUUAUGUGAAUGGAAUGGAUAUAAAUAUUUCAAGAGGAUAAACAAGGGUAAUUCAGAAGAGUGCACACACCAUAACCGACGAAGUCUCUAUACCUAAAAGCUGCAUAAUACGAAGAAAAAAAAAAUUCCAAUAUAAUCAACCCACCUUAAGAAUACGGACAUCCGGUAUCCACCUUAACCAACAACAGACAACGACGACUACGAUUUUAUUUUCACAAAAAAAAUUAAAAAAAAAAAAAAAUAAAAUAUAAACUUUCCACACUUCUUAACGUGCAACGGAAAAGAAGAAAAUUCCAUCUCUCUUUCAAGGAUCUCUCUUCUUGAGUGUGUGUGUGUGUGUGUGUGUGAAGAAAAACUUUUCCGCAAGAAAGUUCCAUUCUGUUAUAUGGGUUUUUCGGUUUCUUUUGCAAAUCCGAACCAUAAAGUGUACUUAAGUGCAACACAUUUUCUUUAUUUGUGUGUUGGCUAUUGAAAUCGAGAAAUGGGGACAAUAAUGCAGUUGGAAUGUAAAAGUUAACUUAACUGCUCUAAGAAAAAAACUGAAGAAAAAGAAAACCAAAAAGAUACAAUAUCUAUAAGAUUCUUCCUUUGGAAUCUGUCUGAAUUCCAAUGGGAAUUUGAUUCAUUCGAGACCCGUUUUGGCUAUUGAAGAAGACGUAGAGAAGAAAAGCAGACAAGAUACUAAAAUACACCGCCAUUUUGUGCAAAAAUGAAGAGCAAAGUAUUAUUACAUACUAGGUGCACCAUCAUGAAGACAACAAGCUGGCUUCUUGUCAUAAUCUGUUCGAUUCUCGUCCACAACACCGACCUCACCAAUUCGGCACCUACAGAAAUCAAUUCACCCCCAGGCAACAACAACAACAACAACGACCAUUUUACUGGCAUCUAUCCAACAGCAACAAUAGCACCACAAACAUCUAUGACGAUGACGACAGGAACUACAAGGACGACGACGACAAUGCCGAUGACUUCAGCCAAAUCCUGGUCUUCACAAAAACCGUCUCGAAGUAAACACAUAACAAAAUCAAAUCUAUACAAAAAACCUUCUAAAGAUAGGGGUGGCUGGGCUAAAGUACCAUUUCUUUCCCCGACAUUAGUCCCGACAGGUUAUGAUGUGGAAAAGGAUAUAAGCCGUCAUAAGGAAGCAGAAGCACCACUGACAACAACAACAUCAACAUUUUCCACCACCAUAGACACUGUUGUUGACAACGUCAAUGGCCCGAAAGAUUACACUAACAAGAACAGUACUAAUACCUCCACCCUGCGGCACUUCGACGACGUUGACACCCUCUCCCUCACCCAUUCGACUUCCUUGUUAAAAGAUACUGAUGUACUCUCUACAAAUGCGAAUGGUGACGAGAAGGAUUCUGGCAAGGAUAUUGACUUCAUAUCUGAUUCGAGAACAACAAAAGCUGAUGAGACUUAUGCAACGACAGAAGGAUAUCAUGCCAAAGUACCAGCAGCAGUAGAAGCAGCAUCAUCUACCACAACAAUGCCAACUAGCCGAGUGGAAAAUCCCGUUUCCAAUAUGGAAGCCACCAUUUCCAUAGAACCUGUUCGAGAGGAGGUGAUGGCAAAAUCAAUAGUCUCCUCCACCACAGUGACUUACACUCCUACUUCUACUUUAGAGAGUAAGUCAAUGCCAGUUAAUGCAUUGGUAUCCUUUUCAAGUCCUUCAACGACUAUAGUCUCACAACCACCACCAUUACCAUCGUUGCCACCAAAAAUACCAUCAGACGUUGGCCAUGAUGGUGUUAAAGUUACAAAAAAGAAACAGCUGUUUGAUAAACAUUUUAUUGCUGCAUCGAAGAGUACUAGUCCUUUGGGUUCGUUGCAUUCUUCUUCGAUGCGAAAGGAUAAUCCAUGGACGUCGCUGUCAAAGAAUAAACCAACGAAGAGUAAUUUCGCUGGCAAUGGUAACGGCAAUGGUGGUGGCAAAAAGUUAAUGGAAGUCCCCAAUGGAUACUUGGGACCGAUUAUGAUGAAAGAGAAAACAUUUUCAGUUUCACAUUUUGGCAAAAAGCCAAAGCCAAAGUCACCAUCCCUUGUCGAACAAAAGUUGAAAGAUAAGAAGCUUGUUGAAAUUAUUGCUCCCACGGCACUAAUGGAACCGAUAAGUAAAGCUGGUAAAAAAAAUUCACAUUCACAACCACCCGAUUUUGUUGCUAUUGAUAAUAUGAUGAUGGCAAUGGCAAUGGCAACAACAACAAUGAAACCAACAACAACAACAACAACAGAUGGCGUUAGUAGUACAUCGACGGAAAUUCCAAUAAUUGGAAAGGGGAAAAAGAAAGAAAUUGAGUCUGAAACAGCGACGACUUAUUUUUUGGUAGUUACACAAGAUGGACAGGCUGCUUCGAAAGAAAUUGCUGGAGAAACUGCUAGGCCACCAGUUUAUCCUGAAAUGGAACCACUGAAUUCAGGAGAAAUUGAAAGCACAUUGAGAGAAAUCUAUGCUGAAGUUAUUAAUGCUAUGGAAGGAGGUUCUAGAGGGAAGACUACCUCGACAGAAGUACCAGUUAGUUCUUCAACGGCAUCUAGAAUUUCCGAAACUGGCAAUAUUGAUCCAUCAAAUCAUAACAAAUUACAUCCAUUUGAUAGUGACCAUGAACAAUUCUUAGAGAAUGAUCAUCAAACAGACGAUGUUAAAGAUUCCGAAAAGUCGUCGAAAGAGAACCAGAUGGUAAAGUUUAUGUUUCCAUCAACUGAAUCAAGUUUCAACAUGGAAGGAACACCAUUAACAUUGAACAUUUUCCAUCCAAGUUCUCUGAAACAGUCUACUUCAGCAACAAUAGCACCACCAAUUGAUGAAACACCAAUACCAGUUGAACAAUUCACUUCGUCAGCAACUAAUAUUGAUCAAACAACUACUAAAGACCCUGUAACAUUUACUUUGACUCGUAAUAGUUCAACAGAUUUGAAGAAGAUUCAAGAAAACUUGCAAGUUAUUGAUCAAAUGAUACUUCGAAGAAGUGGAAAAAUCAGUACUACAACAACUGAUAGUUCGAAAAUUGAUACCAGUACUUCUGUACCACCAUUAUCAUCUACAAGCACUAUUGAACCUGAAAGUAAAGUUAAUACCCCAUCUGAAAGACCAUCGUUAAUGGUUACAAAGAUUCCAAUAGUUGAUACUACUCCUGUGAAAGAAUUGAGUAUCAGCGAGAAAAUUUUGACUGAAAAGAAAAGUGCUGACACUAUUCCCACCACUUUUUCUCCACUUAAAGAAGUCAAACAACCUUCUUCGAUAAUUUUAUCAGAUGAUUUAAUAGUUUCUGACCCAAGUUUAGUGAAAGAUUUAGGCUCUUCAACUACUCAGAGCUCUAUUUCAUCAACAAAAAUUCUUCAAACACAGAAAUCUCUGUUGCCAACUCUCCCUGAAGUAACUACUAAUAAAAAUCAUGAUGAAGACUACUCAACAACUACGACAGAAGGUACUGUGACACAUCUUAUAGUUGAAAACACUGUAACUGAUCAGAAAAUUCACUUGGUCACUGAUAUUUCAGAACCUGCUUCCUCAAAAAAUGAUCUUUCUCGUGUGAUUCACACUGAACCAAUACCUUCUUCGACUGUUAAAACAACAAAUCUAGCAUCUAAUUCUUUGACAACCACUGAUAUUAGUGCUGACUCACAUGUUACCGGAAGAACCGAUAUUUCUUCAAAAUAUGGAAAUUCUGAAUCACAUACCGAAAUCUUCACUGAUACAACUACUCCUAGAAAUUUGGUAGUUCUUACGACAAAUGUUCACCUGCUUUCUUCUUCAACUACUGACUUUCCUCCAACUGUUCAACAUGAUUCCUCUACCAGCUCACCUUCACCAACAAUAACUAAUCCAUCUUCUUCAGCAAAUCCAACCAAAAUUCCAGUACCCACACAAAAUAAUGAACCUGCUGAGUCAAAAAUCUCCGAUAUCCAAAUCGAAGUCUAUGAUUCAACCCUUGAACCAAUAGUUGCUGCUACCAAUUUCAAACACAGCACUGAUAUCUCCAAUCCAUCUUCCCAUACAACAUCAAAACAUUCUUCAAACAAAGAACACACUCAAGAAAGAUUCACCCAAUAUGUUGUUGAUAAAUCAUCAGACUUUGCUACACAAGAGUCUUCUUCGAUUGCAAGAACUCCGGGAAAACCUGAACCAGCAGCAAUUGAAAUUCACAUAAAUGUUUCCGAAGGUUUUGGUAAUGAAAGUGAAGACCUAGAGUUUCUUUAUCGGCAGUCAGAUUUUCGGAAAUUUCCCUCAAAAAAACCACCAAAUUCUCUAAAACCAUUUGAUGCAGCUCCCCAGAACGAGACUAGUAACGAAGCUGCUGAAGAAAUUGUCGUCGAAAUAAUCGAUGGAAAUUCAAACAGUACUGAGAAUUCAGCUAGCCGGGAGAAUCUCAAUGUAAAUCCGGUCUUUACUUUCCGUUCGGAUGAUGACUCCCAAGUGGAACUCAAAAAUGUCAAAUACUACCCCGAGGACAGACCAAAAGAUGUCCCAAAAUCAUCUACUGAUGAUUUCUUUGUCCCGCAUGUCGGUCAACAUCCAUCUAGUCCCAAUAAACCCCUGAUGGACAGAGACUCCGAUACGAUAUUCUAUAUUUCCAAUACCGAAGUAAAAGUGGGCGAAUCACUACCCACUGCCAAUACCUAUGACACGCAAAUGAAGAAAUCUCGCCUAGAGAGUCAAUUCUUUCCGGCCAAUUACGAGGAGCACAAGAAGACAGCAGUAGCAGCAGCACCGCAAAGAUAUGAAGAGGACAUCAUUUUGUCACCGCCAAAGAAUGGCCCAUUAAAGGUAAUUCGAAGACCCUUGGACAUUAGUUAUGUCGGAGAGUCUAUUAUGGAAGUUGAACAAGUCACAUUGACUACAACACAAAUACCCCAACAGCAGCCAUCAGUUGGGCCCGGGACCGGUUCCACACCGGAUGUUAUCAUUGAACCAGCAGUCCUGCCAGAAAUGGCUAUAGGAGUGCCAGUAAUUGGUGAGUUGCCACCACAAAUCGAGCUGAAGGAAAUCGAUUAUAUGCCAAAUUUCGAUGGCAACAAGGAAGAAUCAUCGAUUCAAUAUGGUGGAGAUCUUAUUGAUGAGGGUGGUGCCAUGGGAGUGGGAUUUGAUAUGGAUUCGUAUCCACUCGGGAACUUGGGUAUGGGUAAUAGGAAUGGUGAUGGUGUUGCUAUUUCAUCUCAAAUGCUCUUCAAUCAUCGAGUGAAUCAUUUGAAGAAGGAUGUUCUCUCAGCGGAUAUUGGUGGUGGUUCUUCGGAAACUACAGCCGAUGGUAAUGACUUACUUCUUCGGCAGGGUAAUGAUUCAGCUGUAAAUGGGACGGGCGAGAAGAUGGGAAAUGCUACAGCGUAUUCGGUGAUGGAAGAUCGGACUCCUUUUAGUGAUGUAAUGUAUUUCUUGACCCUGCGUACUUUGGUAUUUAUGGGACUUUACACAAUGAUUCCACUUAUUUUGGCAAUAUUCUUGAUAUUUAUAUGGCGGGACUAUAACCGGAAGUACAAAAGGAACCCGUUCAAUGCGAUGGGUCGCAAUAGCAGCACUGAUCCUUUGGAUGCCGAAAAAGGCAAUGGCGGCGAUGGUGAUGGCGAUGGUCUAGAGACUCCUGAAGAGUUGCGUGCAUCCUCACUUGCAUUUGGCGGCGCCACAACACAAACUCCAAGUCUCGAAAUUUGCACUGAUUCAAACGAGGCAACAAACGGCAAUGCUAGCGAUGGUGAUGGUCGUAAUUGUAAUGGUAGCAAUUCAAAUAGUAGGUCAGCAUCCGAUACAAUGGACUUAGGUGAAAUUAAAGCUUAUAAUUCGGGUGAUUUCCAAGAAGAAAAUUCCACACUAACGGUUCAUUGUUGCAACAUUGAAUCAUCACGCCAACAACAACAACAAAUGGUAUCAUCAAAUAUUCCACCACAAUCUACAACCACCACCAACGCUGCUUGUUCUACUGGUGCCACAACCUCCACCAACACCAUCGCCAACGUCGUCGUCGUCUCCGCUGCCGCCAAUGGUUCGAGUCCUGGAACAAUGCAUAGUAAUUAUUCCGGGGCAAAUGGUUCAAUUACCACGAUGACCCUUAAAAAUAAUCACCUCAUUGUUGAGACUGAAGAGCGAAAUGACAUCUCCCGUGACACUCGAGUAACAAAAAUGCAUUACAACAAUUCCGAAAAAGAUGGCGUCUUUGUUGUCGAAGUAUCUCGUGGUGCUGAUUCAAAAAUCAUGCCUGGCAGUCCAGUCGAACCAGAAAAACGUCCAUUCAAUAUUGAUGCUGAUGUUAAAAUUGUCCAAAGCGACACCGAAGCACUUUUAUCCAAUCACGAAAAAGUCCAAGUACAUCCACCACCUCCAUCUGCCACCGCCGAGAAUCUCAUCAAUCACGAUGAUAUUGAUACAAAUCAUCUACAUCAAAUCGACGAAGUUGAUGAAUUCGAAGAAUGCCAAAGAUUUGCCAAAAAUUCCAACACCGGUUUGUCGCAAUCCGAUUUGAGUUCAUCGUCGUCGGUGGACUCGAACAAACGCUAUUCCUAUGGCAAUCAAGAACUCUAUACCAUCGAACAACAAGAUUACACAACUCCGUCCCCGAUAGCCACUAAGGCGCCACAUCCACAUGCCGAGUCAAAACAUCCUCAGCCUGAGAACCACAACGAUGAUAAUGGACAUCCAGAAAAUGGUCAUUGCCAUGAAAAGAGUCCACCGCCAGCUCCAAAAUGUAAUUCUUCCUCCAUACAAACAGCACCUUCAGCGUCGUCGAGUGACAAGGUACAUGAUAUGAAUGGACAUGGACAGGGAACUGGAACCACCACCGGCACCGUUGUAGAAUCGAAGCCAAAAAUCACAGCCGCUCUAUUGAAGCAGGACACAGUUGUUGUCAAUGAAGUGACAAAUGGUUCAAUUCACGACAACGGUAAUGAGAACGAAGAUGAAAAAGAGGAUGAAAAGGAGGUCGACGAUGAGAAGGCUAACGAUGAGAAAGCUACUCCACAAAUUCCCACCACCACCAUCGUCAUAGAAAAGAGCAGUGAACCAACCGCUGCGGAAAUAAAAACAUUUCCUGCUGAUGACUACAACAGCAGCGCCAACACCGAAAAUGGCUUCGACAGCAUAAUCAGCCUUCCCGAUCCACCAUCUACCGAAGAGAUUAAACAAAUGAACGACAUUAUCCUAAUGGAGACGAAUCAAUUAGAUUCCCUGCCCCCACCACCACCACCAGCAGCAACAACAACUAUAGACACAGACAACCACCAUCAGCAGCAUCAACAUCACAAUGGCAACGGCAAUGUACCGUUUUCUGGCAUCGACCAAAAUGGCGACUCACACUCGAUAGUAUCGUCUGAAUCACCCAUACAAACGCCUACCAAAGUGAUGAAGCCAUUGGUGCCACCGACGAUAACGGUCGCAGACACUUCGGCGCUUACAACAAAUAGUGACAUCCCUGUACACACCAAUGGAAAUUGCAUGACAGGACAUGCAACUACUGCUAUCGCUGUAGAGGUCUCUGGCAGUAGUUAAUACUAAAAAAAAAAAAUAAUAUUUAAAAAAAAACCCAAAAAAUAACCUAAAAAAAGAAAGAGUAUACUUUAUCCAUCCACCAUUUUUAAAAAUAACCAAAGUCUGCAAGAAGAAAAAGCUGCCCCAAAAAAUUUUAAGGAUAAUGACCAAAUGCCAACAAAAAAAAAAUAGAAGAAACACUUCAAAAACAAGAUAAGGCAAAUGGCCGGUGUAGGGUGUUACAGGAUGUCAGUUUGAAAUGGAUAUGAUUGGAUCAAAGAUGGAAGCAAAUUUAUUUUUUCUUAUUUCUUCUCUGCCAUCUCAAAAAAUGGCGCCCAACAAAAAUGUAAAAAAAAAAAUCUAUUUUUUUUUUUUCAUUCACUCUUGUGGAAAACUAUGCUGGAAAGUUGCUGACUUCGUUAUUCUAGAAAUUUUCAAUCGAUAUCCAUUUCCCUCUGAAACACCCUGUGGUAAUAAAGAGUUUUUUUUUUUUUAUUUUAAAAGUCCUCUCUUUUCGUAUUCUUAUCUCUUCAUCAAAAAUAAAUUCAAAUAAACAUAAAAAUGCAACAUUUUCCCAUGAAACUUAAAUCUCCACUUGGCAAGAAAAAAAUAACUACUAUAAAAUCUCCUGAAAGUCCUCCUCUCAUGGGGUUACGGUGGCACUCUUUCAGAUAUAAUACUUCCUUAAAGUCGACCGGAAACUGCAUACGACAUUACAAAACUGAACUACAUAAAAUAUCUGAUUAUAAAAAGAAAAAAAAGAAAACAUGACAGGAAAACUGGACUGCAUGUAAGAUAAGGAAAUAUAUACUGUCGCAGGAAACACGAGGACAUUACUGAAAGUUUAUAUGAAUUUUAGUAUGAAAACACAUCAAAUCGCUAUAUAAGCCAACCAAAACCACCUACACAAGAUAUCUUACCAGCUUACGUCCAUUUUUUUUUAUGGCAAUCCUUUAUCUUGAAAACAAGGAUUUUGUACCAGAAUGUGUAUAGGUAAAGUAACACAGUCACUCAAAAGUUAAACAAGGACAGUAAUUGAAUUUGUGAGUAGGGUUUAUACAAACUUACAUGUACACGAAUACGAAAAACGGUUUAGUUUUCAAAAGCAAGCAAAUAGUAGGUAUGUAUAUGAGAAAGUUUUUAAAUUGCUCAAUAAAAUUUAAUAUUUGAACAGGAAUUUCGUACUUUUAAAUCCCAUAAUGGUGAUUUUAUGGUCUUUUUCUUGUUUUAAAAGGGAUUUUCCACAAAAAGAUAGGGUUAUUGCUUAUUGAUUUUAAUGAGAAAAGUUAACAAACGUGCGUGGUUAUUAGGGGGAAUCAUUAAAUAAAUAUUAUUCUUAAGGAAUUGCAAGGAGUUGUUAAGUUUUUGUUUUCGUCAUCUCACACAAAUACCUAACUUUAAUGUUUCUGGUAUUCUUGUCCCAAGAGAUUUCGAGUUUUAGAGCAACUUCAAGAUUGAUAUCAUAAUCACAUACGAGACGGUAAGGGUAGUUUUCGUAAACAAAUUUCGCAAUGGCUAUUUUGCAAAACAAAUACAUAAUUAUGUUGCAAAACAUUUUUAUCUUUUCGCAAAUUUUUGAUUUUGAAAUUGCAAGGGAUUCUGAUUUCGCAAAUAACUUUCUUGGCAAAUGAGCACCAUUUCGCACAAGGUUCUUAUACCUUGUUGCAAGUUGCAUCUUUCACAACGU